ACGCCCCCACCUUUGGCAGACCCGGAAGCGGCGGUGCCCCUUGGGGAAGAUGGCGCCCUCGGGGCUGAAGGCGGUGGUGGGGGAAAAGAUUCUGAGUGGAGUCAUUCGGAGCGUCAAAAAGGAUGGCGAAUGGAAGCCCCCCCUCUGGGGCAGCUUCAGCCUCUCUUGCCCACUUGUCUGCCCAUCGCCCAUCUCUCCGUCUGUCCGUCCAUCUGUCCGGACAGGUGCUCAUCAUGGACCACCCGAGCAUGCGCAUCUUGUCAUCCUGCUGCAAGAUGUCAGACAUCCUGGCUGAGGGCAUCACCAUUGUGGAGGACAUCAACAAGCGGCGAGAGCCCAUCCCCAGCCUGGAGGCCAUUUACCUGCUGAGCCCCACGGAGAAGUCGGUGCAGGCCCUCAUCGCAGACUUCCGGGGGACCCCGACUUUCACCUACAAAGCGGCACACAUCUUCUUCACGGACACCUGCCCUGAGCCUCUGUUCAGUGAGCUGGGCCGCUCCCGCCUGGCAAAGGUAGUGAAGACGCUGAAGGAGAUCCACCUCGCCUUCCUCCCCUACGAGGCCCAGGUGUUCUCCCUGGACGCCCCCCACAGCACCUACAACCUCUACUGCCCCUUCCGGGCCGGGGAGCGGGCGCGGCAGCUGGAGGCGCUGGCCCAGCAGAUCGCCACACUGUGCGCCACGCUGCAGGAGUACCCCGCCAUCCGCUACCACAAGGGACCCGAGGACACGGCCCAGCUGGCCCAUGCUGUCCUGGCCAAGCUGAAUGCCUUCAAGGCGGACACCCCCAGUCUUGGCGAGGGCCCUGAGAAAACCCGCUCGCAGCUGCUGAUCAUGGACCGGGCGGCCGACCCCGUGUCCCCGCUGCUGCACGAGCUCACGUUCCAGGCCAUGGCCUAUGACUUGCUGGACAUUGAGCAGGACACGUACAGGUACGAGACCACAGGGCUGAGCGAGGCCUGCGAGAAGGCUGUGCUGCUGGACGAGGACGACGAGCUGUGGGUGGAGCUGCGGCACAUGCACAUCGCCGACGUGUCCAAGAAGGUCACGGAGCUCCUGAAGACCUUCUGUGAGAGCAAGAGACUGACCACCGACAAGGCCAACAUCAAAGACCUGUCCCACAUCCUGAAAAAGAUGCCACAGUACCAGAAGGAGCUGAACAAGUACUCCACGCACCUGCACCUCGCUGACGACUGCAUGAAGCGCUUCAAGGGCACCGUGGAGAAGCUGUGCAGCGUGGAGCAGGACUUGGCCCUGGGCUCGGACACCGAGGGCGAGAAGAUAAAGGACGCCAUGAAGCUGAUCGUGCCCGUGCUGCUGGACGCCGCGGUGCCCGCCUACGACAAGAUCCGGGUCUUGUUGCUCUACAUUCUCCUCCGGAACGGUGUCAGCGAGGAGAACCUGGCCAAGCUGAUCCAGCACGCCAACGUGCAGGCCCACAGCAGCCUCAUCCGGAACCUGGAGCAGCUGGGGGCCAAUGUCACCAACCCCGGGGGCCCUGGGGCCUCCAGCCGGCUGGAGCGGAGGGAGCGCUUGGAGCCCACCUACCAGCUGUCCCGCUGGACUCCGGUCAUCAAGGACGUGAUGGAGCGCCCGCUUCGGACACUGGCACAAGAACAAGGCCGGCGUGGAGGCGCGGGCGGGGCCCCGGCUCAUCAUCUACAUCUUGGGCGGCGUGGCCAUGUCAGAAAUGAGGGCCGCCUACGAAGUGACCAGGGCCACGGACGGCAAGUGGGAGGUGCUGAUUGGCUCCUCACACAUCCUCACUCCGACCCGCUUCCUGGACGACCUCAAGAUGCUGGACCAGAAGUUGGAGGACAUUGCCUUGCCCUGACCCCGCCACGCCCCCCUAACCUGACCCUCCCUUUCCAGAAAAAUAAAGUCCUCUCUCCCGUCCGGGGCCAGCACCCAGCUGCUUUCCUUCCUGGGAGCGGUGCCGCCGGCCUGUGGCUGUGCCUCUGGCCCCGUCACACCUGCUGUCCUGCGAGGUCACCCGAAGCCACGUGGGGUGCGGAACCUGGGCUCUGGUUUGAAUAUCACCUCCCAGACGGACUAGUGAGGGCCGGCCAGUGCGCUGGGCUCUGCUUCCCAGAAAUGGGGCGGGUAACGCCACGGCUCUGCAGAGGCGGUAGGCGAUGGCGGCAGAAAGCGGAGGGUGGGCUGCUGUUCCUCCAUUGUCACUAGAGUUACCUUGACUGC